AUGACGGUGCCCUCGAUCGCGUGCGAGGCGCGCGAGAGAUUGCCCAGGGAAUUAUCGUGGAUCCCAGAUCUCGUGCAGGGGUCGUUCUUCGCCCCGUGCGACGUGCACAGUACCGGAAGUAAGGGCGAGCAAAGAAAUAUGUUCUCGAUAGGAAUGCGUCGCUCGUUGUGUCCGGCGUGCGCGCUCGACGCGCGAGCGACGGAUACGAUUCAGAUUCGACGAAGCUCAUAUCACAACGUCGUUCGCGUUCAGGACGUGUGCAGGCUGAUCGAUGUGCAGGAGAUUCAAACCUACAUCAUCAACUCGGCGCGCGUCGUGUUCCUAAACGAGCGACCGCACCCGAGGUCGACCAAGGGUAAGGAAGAUAAGGGUACGACGUCUGGGCGAGGAGAUCAGCGCUCGCGAGCUGGAUCUACGUCCCAGACAAUCGCUCACUCGGAGUGCUGCCACUGCGCUCGAAUCCUUCAGAGCGACAACAGUCGUUACUGCUCAAUUUCUUGCAAGGUGAACGCGGGCGAGGACAUGACGGCAAAGGACGGAAUAGACAUGGCUUUCGCCGCGGAGACCAUCAAGCCGACGCCGCGCAAGAGUGUGCAAGCUAAGAAUACGUCGAAAUCUGACAAGUUGAGCGGCGACAGACGCUCGCCCGUGCGAAACAAAUCGCCCGUGAGCGAAGGGAGCGGUCCGCGCGGUAAGUCGCCCGUGAAGAGUGAGGUGAAGAGCGAAGACGACUCCCCUUCUAGCGAAGGCGUGACGCCGACGAAAGUCGUGUCGUCCGCGAAACGCAAAUAUAGUUCAAAGGAUCGCCCACCCGGUGACGCUCCGCUGACGCCAACGCUCCUCUCCAUCGUGCCGCAUCGAAGGAAGAGCCGGCCGAAGAAAUCCCCAGUGGGCGACGACCACUGA